UUUCAAUCGUGUUGACAUCGUGAACAUCAGCUGCCGGGUUUUCAACUAAAAUUUGGCUUGUUUUUGCGAUAUUUUUGAUUGAUUUUCGUGGAACUAGUGUUACAAAUGACAGAAAAGAGUGUUAAAAUGAGCCGCAAGGACUGGCGCAAGUUGUUCAAGAAAAACCGCCGAAAGCGACACCGUCAGAAGGUGGCUCAGGAGCGUGACCGUUUGGCGCAACAAGCCGAGCAGGCCAAGCUGGCCAAUCCCAACUACGUUGCGUACCUUCGGGAGAAGGACCAACUGGAACGGGAGGCGGCCACGCGGGAGGAGGAACGCAGCCGGUACGAGCACGCCCUCUGGCUGGACCGGGAGCGAGAAGCUCGGGUUGCGUUUGAGAAGUUGAGGAAGAAGCGCGAGGAGGAGCAGCGGAAGCAAGAUGAGGAACGAGAGCGGAUACGGAAGGAGUUUGAGGAGCUGGAGCGGAAGGCGAGGGAGGCCAAAGAGGAGAAGCAGCGGCUGCUGGAGGAACUUCGACGCAGGCAGCUGGAACGGGAACGGUUGUUGGCGGAAUACUUGGCCGGGAUCGAUGACCACUUGGAGGGUCUUUGCCAGAUGGUGGACACGAGGACCGGAGCGAAUGUUUGCGGAUUCUUUGGGAAGAUUGGAGUUUGUAGGUACGGGAUAAGAUGCAGCUCGAAUCAUCCGACACCGGGAUUGAGUCAGCUUCUGCUGAUUCCCAACUUCUUUGCCCACCCUGCGCUGGACGACCGAAAUAAUCCGGAGUAUGGCACCGAUUCGGGCAUAGAGUUCGACGAGGAUGAGCUUUACCGAUGUUACAACGAGUUCUUCCACGACAUCAUCGCGGAAUUCGAGUCGUUCGGACUGAUUCGGUACAUUUUCGUGUGUCGGAAUCAUGCCGUCCACCUGCGCGGGAACGUAUUCAUCCAGUACGAUAGCGUGAGAAGUGCCGCCAAAGCUCAGCAAAGGAUGAACGGUCGCUUUUACGCGUCCCGACAGCUUCACGUUGAGUUCCGGUCGCCAAUCUCGUGGCCUGCUGCCGUCUGUGGUCUGUUUGAGCAGUCACGCUGCCAGAAGGGCAAAAACUGUAACUAUCUGCACUUGAUGAGGAACCCGGUCAGCAAGUAUCGGUACUGUCACUCCAAAGAACUUCACUCCGUGCGGGAAUCGCAGAGGAUGUCGCAGCGAUCGCAACCUCAGGAAAGAAGCUGGGACGACAUCGAAAUACCUGCCAAGCAACGCACCAACUGGCGCUGGUCGGAGACCCCCGAAGUGGAAGCGCCGAGCCGCAACGGUCGUGGUCAGUCCCGGUUGUCCAAGGAACGUAGCGAUUCUAGUCGAAGCUGCCGAUCCGGACGAAGUCACAGUAGGUCCAAAGAGCGAUCGCGCAAAGAUGGUGAUGAUAGGAGGAGCCGCCGUGAAUCACGUUCGGGAAGUGAUCGAAGCAGCAGGAGACACCGGGAAGAUCGCUCGAGUGAGCAUAAGAAGAAAAAGAAGAAGAGAAGUCGCUCGAAAAGCAAAGAACGAAGCUCUCAGCGAAGACACAAAGAGUCCCGCAGCGAGUCGGAGCGAAGGAAGCGUUGAGCUGAAACUAAAAAAAAAUGUUUGCCAAAGUUUUUAGGAUAUUUAAUUAAAGAACAAAUAA